GAAAAUAAUAGUUUCCAUGUGCAUCCUUGUUUUGAGGAAAAGGAAGACAAUGCUCCCCUCCAUCAAGAAGCUGAAAUGAUUCAAUACACUUUGACCAGUGAUGCAAAGGGUCAGGCACAAAGCUUAAGGAUUAAUGCUGAAAAAAGGACUAUGAUUGGCGAAAAUAGAAAUGCUACAACAACUUCUAGUCAAAAUAAGCCAGCAAAGAAAAGUAUCCCUGUGCCUCCUGAUUUUAAUCCAAUGGAAGACAAUGACACCCUCUUUCUAAAAACGGAAGUGACUCGAGAUACUCAAAGAAGUGAUCAUUUGCAAAAGAGUCUGUUUGAAUCUAGAAAAGCAAAAGAAGUGGUUGGAGUGGCUCAAGGUUCCAAGGGAAAUCAAAAUAGUCCAGUUGGAUAUGAUAAGCCAGAAAAAGUGACUGAAGUGUAUCGAGAUGUUCAGAGAAGUCUAUUAAAGUCUAAAAAGGCUAAAAAAGUGAUUGAAGUGGCUGAAGAUGCUAUGAGAAAUGAAACUAGUCCAGUUGGAAAUGAUAAGGCAGAAAAAAUGACUGAAGUGUAUCGAGAUGUUCAGAGAAGUGAUACUAGUAUAUAUUACUUUCUUUUGAGUAAUUCUUUGUUGUUUUGUCACUUGGUUUGGAACUGUGGAUGGGUACUUGUCGAAAAUCGGAUAGAAUGUUGGUUUGGAACUGUGGCUGAUUACAUUCGUUUCACUCUUUGUCAACUUGUACUUUCUCUUUUGGAAAAGUUUGACUAUGAUAACAUGAAUGAUCAAAGAGAUAAUGUUUUGCAACAUAUGAGAAAGCUUUGGAACAAUUGGAGAGGAUCGCUGCACAAGAAUAUGAAAUCCAAGUCAUUGCACGAGGUUCUAAAAGAUGUGCCAAUAGGAGUAGACAAGAGUGAUUGGGAAUGGUUGGUCAAGGAACAUUUUUUAUCUAAAAAGUUUAAGGAAUCAAGUACAAGAAACACAAUCAGCAUGUCUAAGUUGUAUAUGCCUCAUCGUACGGGUAGCAAGCCUAUAAGAGAGAUUAUUUACGAACUGGGAGGCAAAGAUGGUAAUCCACCAAACAUGGCAACUAUCUUCUUUGAGACUCGUAAAAAGGGAAAUGAGCUUGUCGAACCCGAAACCAAUGAAAAGUAUGCUGAAAUUCAAGAGCUUGUACAAUCUGAACUGUCUCUUACUAAUAUUGAGGUAGUGGAAUGGUGCUUUGGACCUCAAUGCAAAAGUCAUGCAGUUGGAUUUGGUGGUGGGAUAACCACUAAGGAGUUGAAAGGUGGUAGUACUUCUAAGGUUGCAUUGUUGGAAGAACUGAAAACAACUCGAAAAGAAAAGGAAUCACUACAAAAGCGUAUUGAUAUUCUAGAGAGUAAAUAUGAUCACCUUGAAAGUAUAGUGGUUCGUCAGCAUCCAUUACCUUCAUCACCUCCACCAGAUGAAGAAUGUGAUGAAAAUUAAAGAACGUGUUGUUGAAGAAUUGUGGAGCUAGCUGAAAAGAAAGAUUAUAUUUUUAUUGUUGGUGUAGAUCUAGAGACAUUUUAACCUAUAUAUGCAGCUAUUUCAUUUUCUCAAUUUUUAGGAUUUGAUAG